AUGCCGCGUAAAGCCAUUGACUCGCGCAUCCCCGCGCUCAUUCGAAAUGGCAUUCAAGAGAAAAAACGAAGCUUCUUCGUCGUUGUCGGUGAUCGCGCCAAAGACGCAAUCGUCAACCUGCACUGGAUCAUGUCUGGCGCCGACGUGAAACAAAACAAAUCAGUGCUAUGGGCCUAUAAGAAGGAUCUGAUCGGAUUCAGCAGUCAUCGCAAGAAACGAGAAGCCAAAAUCAAAAAGGAAAUCAAGCGGGGCAUUCGAGAGCCAAAUUCCGAGGACGCCUUUGAGCUUUUUAUCAGCUUGAAUCAGAUUCGUUAUGUUUAUUAUAAGGAGACCGAGAAGAUUCUGGGUAAUACGUAUGGUAUGUGUAUUUUGCAGGAUUUUGAAGCUAUAACGCCGAAUUUGUUGGCGAGGACGAUCGAGACCGUGGAGGGAGGUGGCAUUGUUUUGUUGCUCUUGAAGGGAAUGAAGAGUUUGAAGCAGCUAUAUACACUUUCGAUGGAUAUUCACUCGCGAUACCGAACGGAAGCCCAUGACGACGUUGUUGCACGAUUCAAUGAACGUUUCAUCUUGUCCCUGGGAAGCUGCGAUUCGUGUCUUGUGGUGGACGAUGAAUUGAAUGUUCUACCAAUUUCGGGAGGUAAGAAUGUUACACCACUUCCGCUGCCGAACCCUAUCGAAGACAACAAAUCAACCGCGCAGAAGGAAUUGCAGGAAAUAAAAGACAGCUUAGCAGAUUCUCAGCCUGUGGGGUCUCUCGUCACACUCGCCAAAACGGUUGACCAAGCGAAGGCUCUACUUACUUUUGUUGAUGCCAUCGCUGAGAAGACACUGCGAAGUACUGUCACUCUUACCGCGGGUCGUGGCCGAGGAAAGUCUGCCGCUUUGGGUGUUGCUAUAGCUGCUGCUGUUGCUCAUGGAUACAGCAAUAUUUUCAUCACAUCUCCCAGUCCGGAGAACUUGAAGACUCUCUUUGAGUUUGUUUUCAAGGGUUUCGAUGCAUUGGGUUAUCUAGACCACGUUGAUUAUACUAUUCUGCAGUCGACGAAUCCAGCUUUCAACAAGGCUAUUGUUCGUGUCAACAUUCACCGAAACCAUCGCCAAACCAUCCAAUAUAUUCAACCCCAGGAUGCGUAUGCUCUCGGACAGGCCGAACUAUUAGUAAUUGAUGAAGCUGCUGCAAUCCCUCUACCACUUGUGAGAAAGCUUUUGGGUCCUUAUUUAGUGUUCAUGGCCUCCACCAUCAAUGGUUAUGAGGGUACUGGUCGGUCACUAUCACUAAAACUUAUUCAACAACUUCGCGAGCAGAGCCGUGGUGCUAGUCUCAAAGAUGCCGAUACAGAUAUUGCAGAUCGCUCGACGGGGAAAUCAGCAAAGCAUACAGAGAAAGGUGUCAUUGGUAGCAGAACCUUGAGAGAAGUCACACUCUCCGAACCUAUCCGUUAUGCUGCGGGCGACUCUGUGGAGAAGUGGCUUAACAAGGUUCUGUGUCUGGAUGCUACUCUCCCAAAGUCGAAGAUGAACACGCAAGGAUGCCCUCAUCCAUCUCAAUGUGAGCUGUUGCACGUCAACCGUGACACGCUCUUCUCUUUUCACCCCGUUUCCGAAAAGUUUCUCCAACAGAUGAUGGCCUUGUAUGUGGCCAGUCAUUACAAAAACUCACCAAAUGACCUUCAACUGAUGAGUGAUGCGCCUGCUCAUCAACUUUUUGUUCUGGUCCCGCCCAUCGACGAAGAAGCUACAAAGCUUCCUGAGCCAUUAUGUGUCAUUCAGAUUGCCUUGGAAGGUCGCAUCAGUCGGGAGAGCGUUAUGAACAGUCUCAGCCGAGGUCAACGUGCUGGAGGUGACCUUAUUCCAUGGCUUGUCAGUCAGCAGUUCCAAGACGAAGAUUUCGCGGGAUUAUCAGGAGCUCGUGUUGUUCGUAUAGCCACGAAUCCAGAAUAUCUGAACAUGGGCUAUGGAUCACGAGCGUUGGAACUUCUUGUUGAUUUCUACGAGGGCAAAUUUGCAAAUCUCUCCGAGGACGUCUCGUAUGCUUCGGAAGAGAUGGUUCGAGUCACAGACGAUCAACUUGAGAAUGCCAAUCUCCUGGAUGAUGAUAUCCACGUACGCGAUAUUCGUUCCAUGCCUCCGUUGUUCGGGAAAUUGUCUGAGAAGCGACCCGAUACCCUUGAUUAUGUCGGUGUCAGUUACGGUUUGACACCGUCGCUGCACAAAUUCUGGAAACGAGCGUCCUUCAGCCCAGUCUAUCUUCGGCAAACUGCGAACGAGCUUACGGGUGAACACUCGUGUGUUAUGCUUAGAGCGUUGACUGCAGGAUCUAACGACAUCAGCUGGCUGAGUGCAUACACCAGAGAUUUCCACAAACGUUUUCUCUCUCUUCUUUCUUAUCAAUUUAAAGAUUUUCCGGCUGUCCUGUCGCUUAGCAUUUGCGAGUCCGCUACUGCUGGGUCGAAACUAGACCCAUCUUUUUCGCCAUCACCUUUAACAAAGUUUGUACUGGACAGCGCGUUCUCGCCGUUCGAUCUCAAACGCCUUGACAGUUACGCAAACAACAUGCUCGAUUACCAUGUUAUUUUGGACAUGGUCCCUAUAAUUGCCCAGUUCUAUUUCCUGGGCAGCCUUCAAGGCAAAGUUAACCUGUCUGGUGUCCAACAAUGCAUCCUGCUUGCAGUUGGUCUGCAGCGAAAGAAUAUUGAUGAACUAGAGAAAGAACUAAAUCUACCUUCCUCUCAGCUUUUAGCCAUGUUUAUCAAGAUCAUCAGAAAGAUAUCAACUCACUUCCGCGGAUUACUUGAAGGCGCCGUCGCUGCAACAUUACCUGAAAAGGUGAACACCGCCGAUGCCUCUGGUGCUCACGACGAUGUCGUCGAGGAUAAAUUCCAGCCUCUUGAAACAGGCUUGGAAGAAGAACUGCGCGAAGGUGGAGAACAAAUCGACAAAGAACUAAAGGAGAAACAACGAGCUUUGAUUGAUGCUCUCCCCCUUGACCGAUACGAGAUCAAUAACGGAACAGCCGGUUGGGAAGAAGCUGAGAAACAGAUUCGUAAAGGCGGCGCAGCUACUGUGAGCGUUAAGAGUACUAAGUCCUCCAAGCGCAAGGCAGGUGAAACCGCACGAGAGAUAUAUGAGCAGGAAAUCGAUUCCAAGAUCCAGAAGAAAAUCAAGAAGGGGACUGAGGGUAGGAAGAAGAAGUGA